UCCCUCCCCUCUCCUAGUUCUUCCUAUGACUCACACGCUCCUCCUCCCCCCUGUGUGUCAUACAUCUUCACCCCUUCUCCUCCCACUCUCUCCCUCUGAAUCGCCCACAGUCGCUCUCUGUCUCCAGGCUUCAAACAGGCUGCAGGAUGUCAAUAGUGAAUAUUGUUGCCAGGGAGAUCCUGGACUCGAGGGGAAACCCCACUGUGGAAGUAGAUCUACAUACAGGCAAAGGUUUGUUCAGAGCUGCUGUACCCAGCGGUGCGUCCACUGGUAUCUACGAGGCACUGGAGCUCCGUGAUGGAGACAAGACUCGCUACAAAGGCAAAGGUGUCCUCAAGGCUGUUGGCCACAUUAAUGACACCAUCGGACCAGCCCUCAUCCAGUCAGGAUUCAACGUUUUGGAGCAGGAGAAACUCGAUAACAUGAUGAUUGAAAUGGAUGGUACUGAAAACAAAUCUACAUUUGGAGCCAAUGCUAUUCUUGGAGUGUCUCUGGCUAUUUGCAAAGCCGGUGCAGCAGAGAAAGGUGUCCCCUUAUACCGUCACAUUGCUGAUCUGGCUGGAAACAGAGAGCUGGUCCUCCCAGUUCCUGCCUUUAAUGUGAUAAAUGGGGGUUCUCAUGCUGGAAAUAGAUUGGCUAUGCAGGAGUUUAUGGUCCUUCCGGUGGGGGCGGAGUCAUUCCGAGAUGCUCUGCGUGUGGGGGCGGAGCUCUAUCAGACGCUGAGAAGUGUCAUCAAAGACAAAUAUGGUCAGGAUGCUACAAAUGUGGGUGAUGAGGGUGGAUUUGCUCCGAAUAUACAGGAGAACAGUGAGGCCCUGGAGCUGAUAAAGACGGCCAUAGAAAAAGCCGGCUUCACAGACAAGGUGGUAAUUGGGAUGGAUGUUGCUGCUUCUGAGUUUUUCAUUGAGGGCAAGUAUGACCUGGACUUUAAGUCUCCACCCAAUGUAGCUCGAAACAUCAGUGCUGCAGAGCUAACCAGCAUCUACCAGGACUUCAUUAACAACUACCCAGUUGUGUCCAUUGAAGAUCCGUUUGACCAGGAUGACUGGCCCGCUUGGACAGAGUUCACUGCCUCUGUGGGAAUUCAGGUCGUCGGCGAUGACCUGACAGUCACUAAUCCACGGAGGAUAGAACGAGCCGUGGAGGAAAAAGCCUGUAACUGCUUGCUGCUUAAAGUCAACCAGAUCGGUUCCAUCACAGAGGCCAUCAAGGCAUGUAAGCUCGCUCAGGAGAGCGGCUGGGGUGUGAUGGUCAGUCACCGCUCAGGAGAAACAGAGGAUACUUUUAUAGCUGACCUGGUGGUUGGGCUUUGCACUGGACAGAUUAAGACUGGAGCUCCCUGUCGAUCAGAACGUCUGGCCAAAUACAAUCAACUCAUGAGGAUUGAAGAAGAGAUGGGUGACCAAGCUCGCUUUGCUGGACACAGUUUCCGCAACCCCAGCGCCCUCUGAGUAUCGUUUGUAAUUGAACAGCACAGAUGCACUCACAGAAUCGUUAGGAUUUCUUGACAGAUUCAUUGUAGAGUAAUAAUGACUAUUUCAGCAAAGCCCAAAACACACUGACAAGCACAUUCACACUAAUGACUUCUUAAAUCACUAACGUGCACAGAUAACGGGGCUGUAGCUGCGGGAAGUUACCCAGCAGGACAUGGUGUAAUUUUACUCCAUUUGAUUG